UUAAGUUUGAGUUUGGAAUGUUUCUUGUUUUUCAUUCGUUACAUCUUAUAUUCCAUCUUCAACUUACUUAAAAACCGAUCCAAACGGUGAAGUAAAGACGCAGAUGUAGAAGGGUAGAACGGUAAGUAAAAACAACCUUUGUUGUUUGAUUCUAAUUUCCGUAGACAAACUCCCCCUUCUUCCUAGGAACUCAGACAGACAACAUCUCCUUUUUACAAAAUAAAUUGCUUAGCUUUUGGUUUUGUUUCAGUCGAGAAAACAGACAGUUCAUUUUUUUUCCAUGUUCUAUCGAUCGGUGGUGUUUCCUUCAAUCUCAGAAAGGAAACGGAAUUCAAACAGAAGCAAAACCGACACUGUAAUGGCUUCUUCUUCUUCUUCUUCGGCUUUGAAAUCUCAGCCUCUUCAUAACUUCCAAUUGCAUGACCUUAAAUGGGCCAUGAACCACACUAGCAACCACCGCCUUCGGAAACUCUCCGAUUCUUUGCACAAAUCCCCUCAACGUGGAGAGAGUGGUUCUGAGUCCGACAAUAACCGGAAGGUCAAUCCGGUGUGCGAAGCUCGCUCAAAGAUUGGACAUUCUUCAGGUUUUUCUCCUGAUCAUAGAACUGGAAAAUCAGAGAGGAAAUUCAUCGAUGGUUCUGAUGUUUUGGUUGAUUGUAACUCCGAUAAGAAAGUUGAUCCAUCGGACGCUAGAUCGAAGAUCUAUAUACGUUUUCCAGCCAAGAAUGACAAGUCUGUUGACGAGGUUGCGGAUGUAGGAGAUCAGAGCUUGAUUACUGAAGACAUUGAAGAAUUGGUUCCCAAAACUUGGAAUCUGAGGCCUCGGAAGCCGAUUUAUAAGCCUCUGAAUCAUAAUGGAAGCUCGCUCAAGAUCGGAGCUGCGGCGCACGAGAACAAAACUCAUAGAUCGGAAGCGACGCGAUCUAGGAACGUAACCGAAUCGAAAGCGGCUGAGAAGAAGGAGAAGAAACAAAAGUUCUCAGUUUCUCUCUCUAGAGACGAAAUUGAUGAUGAUAUCUUUGCUAUGACCGGGUCGAAGGCCUCUAGAAGGCCAAAGAAGCGAGCCAAGAGUGUGCAGAAACAACUCGAUUGCGUGUUUCCUGGAUUGUGGCUAGCUUCAGUAACGCCUGAUUGUUACAGAGUCACGGAGGCUCCUGUAAAGGGCUAGAUGGGGUUGCUGCUAAAACUGUGAAUUUGGAAGGUGGGGGAUCAGGGGGACUGCUAAACUUUUUCCUUUUUAUUUUCUUUUCAGCUGUAGGAUGAGCUUGUAGGGAUCGGAUCAGAUGUUAACUAAUGUAUCUUGUUUUUUUGUCUAAUCCAUGAUGAAGUUAGAACUUAGAGGGAUGGUGAGAGACUGUUAUAUUAUGAAUCUUGUUGAGAAGAUACAGAUUGUAAAUAUGACUUACCAGUUUCAUAACUAGGAUUUUAACCUUUUCAGUUUAUGUAAAAGGAAAUUGUUUUUCAGGAGAUCUUUUAGUUCUUGGAUAAAUUAUGAACGCUUGUUAGUUGUUCAUUGAACUUGUUUAAAUGUUAGAUCAUAAUAACUAUUUACCGUCCCAGAAAGUUUGGAAUGCAUAUUUGUAUUUGAUGUGCAUUUGUUUCUUUCUUAUUUAGUUCUUUGUUCUUUCUAAUUUGCAUGUUUAGGAGCGUGUGUUGAUUAUAUAUUGGAUCGAGUAGACAUGAGCUAGUGUUAGUAGUUAACGGGUUGAAUAGUAUUGACUGCAUGUUAGCGAUAAACAGAUUGGAUUAACGGCUUUAGUAGUCCUGUGAACUUGCUUAUAAUUAACGGAUUAAGUGGUUCUGAAAACGCGGGCAUACUUGAGCUACUGCUCAUAUAUUGUUGGGUUACGGUUUUGUGAUUGAUCUCUAUGCUUUAUACGUUUGUCUAAGUGUUGUUUGUGUCUUCUCUCUAAAAAAAGAAACUGCUCUUGGAUGCCUCUCAUGACAAGGUUUAGUCUUGGGGAAGUUUCUUUGUAUGGCUUAGAAAUAUCACAAUUAGAGAGACCAUGACUCAAAUAAUGGAAGGAUUGAUUAGAUUAAUUUUCUUUAUCUUUCCAUUAUGAAUGCAGCAAUAAGUAGUGAAACUAGAAUAACUAAGUCCUCUUGGCUGAGUCUCAUCUCUGUCAUAUAUGCAGCUAAAAUUACAUGAUAGGAGUUCAAAUUAAAAACGUGUUUAUGAUGACAAUUAGGUUGGCUAUAGAACUAAUCAUCUCUUUGGCAUGAUUUGACAUUUUGUUGGGUUAACUACAGUACAUAAAUUAUUUUAACUAGAGGUGCACGAAUAUCUAACAUGCUUUGCUUUUUAGAAGGGUGAAAGAGAAUAUAUAGAAUAUACAUAGAUUGAUGUAUGCAUAUACAAGCAUAUAGAGUGAAUAGUCAAUGCAUCUACAGCAGCCUUUACAGUCGAAAUGUGUAAUUUGUUUAUAUUUGAAACUUAUGAAUCCCAAAUCUUGCUAUAACCAGAUUCUGUGAAUCAUUAAAAAAUUCACUUUGGCGCAUGUAUCGAUUGGGAUAUGUUAAUACUUCUUUUUGGAUUGAGGUUUGUGAUUUUUAAGUUAACUGAUUUGAUGUGUUGCAGCUGUAGCAGCUAUUUUCCCCCUCUCAUCCACAUGCCUGCAUGUGCACAUACAUGCGCAUGCACACACACCAUAGCAGAGCAUGGGCCUUAAUUUGUUAGGAUGUGCAUUUCUUGGGAGACAUGAUGUUGCCAUCUAUUAUUUGAUAAUUAUACUGAAAUCUCUGAUGAUCUAUGACUUCUAUAUAUGCAUCUGAUUGGGAAUAUGGAGCAGAAAGCUGCUUCAGGUUAGAUGCUCAGAUCCUUUGCCAGGAAAAUCAUUAUGUGGCGUAAUCUUCUUUGUUUUUACCGUGUUCUGUUUUCUAGUUCAGUGUUCUAUAGUAAAUUGUGGACUCUGUUUAAAGUUUCCGCCUAAAGGCUACGCAAUUACCAUGUUUGAAGACUACACGGCAGUGAGCUUGCCCUGUAGAUUGUCCGUAGUUCAGUGAAACAGAAUGGCUGCAGAUAAGAGCCAGAUGAAAAUGGUGGCCCUGCACCCUCCAUAAAAAAUCUGCCGACAAUGUAAGGAGUCAAUGGAAGUGAAUACAAAAUAUUUUGCAGCUCUACCAUGCUAUGGAGGGCUUUAAAUGUUUCGUGUUGGGCAAGUUUUGAGAGCGGCAAUUUUUAGAAAAUUCGACAUCAUCCUGAAACUAGGAAGAUUGUUUUGUUUUCGGACAAUGAUGGCAGAAGUAUGCGUACUGCACUAUAUAUUUCCAGUUAUAAAAGAUCAGAUUAAUUUUUUUUUUCAAA